AUGGAAAAGCCAUCUAACAGCUGUGCCUCUGAUUCUGACUCUUCAUCAACAAGCUCUGAUUCUGAGCCUCCAUCCCUCUCAGUUACCCAUUCUGGGGCUAUCGCAUUGGGUAUAGUCGGUCAAACUUCACUAUCUACAGCAGUCGUCGCUGUCUCUGUCAACCCAACUCUGGUUCGUGAGCCAUUGUCCUCCAUCAUGAAGCGGCCGAAGACAAAUACAACUACGGUUGAACAUCCGGCCACAACAAUGAACGGACUUGUUCAGGAAGAAUUCCAGAUGCAGCUACCAUCUAAUUUGACGACCAAUACAUCUAAAUCAGUCUUGUUAAACUUGGAUACCGAAGCCCUAACUAAAAGUACGGCUCUUUUUUCAGUUAAGACUGUUUCUGGGCCACCUGCCAUAUCCGAAACUAUU